CGCAGGCUCCUCCCGCCUGCUCUUCUGGACCCGCCAGCCAUGGUGAACCUGGGCCUGUCCCGGGUGGACGACACCGUGGCCGCCAAGCACCCGGGUCUGGAGGAGUACACCGCGUGCCAGUCGGAGGCCUUCUUAAAGGGCAUUUUCACCUUUAUCACAGGCACAGGUGCAGCCGUCGGCCUGCAGAUGCUUAUUCAGAGGAGGUUUCCGUACCCCUUCCAGUGGCACGUGCUAGUGGCCGUGGUCACAGGCUCAAUGGCCAGCUACUGGGUGACCCGAGUGGAGUCGCACAGAUGCAGCAAUCUCUGGCUCUUCCUGGAGACAGGGCAGCUCCCCAAGGACGGGGGCACAGAUCAGCGCAGCUAGGACAGCUCCAGCUGGGAGCAGAAGACCUGGGGCCAGAAACUUCUAGAACACAGCCCUAAGGGCCUCCGCACCCCACACUCCCCCGUCCCCCUCACAUAGGCCCUCCUCACACCCUAAGGGGUGACCCAGCGGUGUCCCCUACAUACGUGCAUGGCCAGGUCUGCCAACCCUGAGCAAACCUUUGCUCAUGCCCCUGCCCAGAUCAGACCAGAGAGGCCAUCCCUGCGGUGGUUGGCCUCCCAUAGGGCAGUAGGAAGCAUGGUGGACACUGAGAAAUGGACAAGACCAGAGAGACCCUGGGCACUUGGUAGAAGGGACUUCUGCAUGCCCUGGGGCCUGAUACUCCCUGUCUGGUCCCCGCAUGUCCCACACUCAGAGGGGACAAUGGCUUCGGGGGGGUUGCUGGACAAAUAAAUGUGUUGCCUUUUUCCUCCUAA